AAUAGCUAUUUUUAGCGUGUGGUUGCCAUCUCUUGUGUUGUAGACGAACUUAUACAAGUUGUGCCCUGUUCCUACUGUUUAUGUAAACUCAACACGUGUCUACAUCUGACUUUAGGAUCCAAAUGAAGAGACAGUUGAACGUCUCGAAACUUCAGAAAACUCCGCACAAAGUUCAGUCAGUAUGGGAGAAAGUUUACUCUCAGUCGAACCGGAGUAUAGUGGCUGUGUGGAGCUCUCGCAGGAGUCUCAGAUUUCCACACAGGAUCUCUCACAAGGAUCUACAGAUAUUCCACUGACAACAGACGGUGCUAAGCCAAAAAAGAAGAAGUCUAGCAAGAAGGUUAAAAAGAAGAAGGAUAAAGACAAAGACAAAUCAACUAAGGACAAAAGUGAGAAAAGUUCCAAAUCGAAGUCCGGACGUUCGUCAAGCAGACGACCUGAGCCGGAGGGAGGGAACGCGCCCGCCUCCUAUGUGGAUGACUAUGAGAGGAUUAUUUAUAGUAACGAUGCUCUGUUCUCAGACGUGGAGAUCACUGAUGAGGACUAUGCCAACUUCAAUAAAGACUGUCGAAAGCUUCAUAGAGCCAACAGGCAGGGAAGGGACGGUGCAAUACUUAUACCAUGCACACAACUCGGGAUCAAUUCCAACACUAUGAUAAAGUUUGCAAUAAUUGGAACAGAAUUGCAGAAUGUGAUACAAGUAUCCCUUAAAAGGAUGGAACAAGAGGUGAGCGGCACCACCAGAAAGAUCACACUGCUGGAGGAAGACCUGGAGAGGAAUGAGGAGAGGCUUCAGACUGCCACAGAGAGACUCGAGGAGGCAUCCAAAGCUGCAGAUGAGAGUGAGAGGGCUAGGCGGAGUUUAGAAAGUAAACUGUUUGCAACUGAGGAACGAGCUGAAGCAUUUGAGGAACAGUUGAAGACUGCUCAGAUAGUGGCCCAGGAGGCUGAGAUGAAAUAUGACGAGACUGCUCGCAAGUUGAAAUUGUCUGAGGAACAAAUCGAACGCUUGGAGGAGAUGAGCGAGGACUACGGGAGGAAGUACAAGCAUUAUGAAGCUGAAGUUUCCUCUCUAACCACAAACAUUAGAUCGUUUGAAAUUAAUGAAGAGCAGGCAUCUCAGAGAGAGGACAGCUAUGAGGAGACCAUCCGUGACCUCACACAGAGACUCAAGGACGCUGAAGCAACCUUGGAGUUGACUGUGCGUGAGAAUCAUUCUCUACAACAUACGGUAGAUGCAAUGGAAGACGACCUAAAUCAGCAGACGGAAAAAUACCAGGCUCUGAAGCUGGAGAUGCAGCAGACACUCGCCGACCUGCAGGACAUAUGAGCUGCUUGCCGAGAAGGAGAAAUACAAGGCCAUUAGUGACGAGCUCGACCAGACUUUCGCAGAGUUGGCUGGUUAUUAAAAGUGUUUUCUUCCCUCUAUCAACCGGCCAUAUGGAUUUUGUAGGCUAUUCAAAAAUUUAUCAAUUUUUGGAAUCAUGUUGUAAAGUUAUCUCUCGGUGCCUCUUCUCUUCUGCCUGUUAUUUUGAGUGCGUGAAGCGAAAAAAUGAUGACCAACGUAAGACGUGUAUACAUAUUUCUUGCUUUCACUUACACCUAUCAUGAAUUGUACAGAGUUACUAGCAUACAUGUUGGGGCCCUGCCAAAGGUAUUGGGGUGACAUUAUGGGAGAUUUGCAGUGGUCUUGGUACUUUGAUUCCUUUUUCGAAUCAUCAUCCUCUUCUACACCAUGUCAACUGGGUGUCUGCUUGAGCUGCCAUGUAUACACGGCUAGUGGUAAUCAUCUCAGCAGAAGGGAAGGUAACUCAGAACUGCCGAUGUCUGGAUAUGUCUGCACUGCAUGUACGCCUGCUAUAGUGUCCCUAUAUAUUUUUGGCGAGACUUGUGUAAGUAGAAGUGGGACAAUAUGGACUUGAUAUUUCGCCGCUGGUUAGGCUCUGAGGUCACGUGAUAGCAAGCUAGGUCUCCAAGUCCAAAGAUGAGAAGAAUGUGGCGUGUGCUAUCUCAUGACCAUGUCUUGUUCGACCACUGGCCACCGAGGGCUGCGACACAAACUUGUCAAAUUUUGUCUUGUACAUUUAAGAAACAACCAAAUCCACCAUGUUUGAUAGACACAUUAGAGUAGUAAAUUUGCAUGCGAUCAAAGAUCACGAAAAUUUUAUAUAUGUAUUUAUUUUGACCCAGAUAAAUUUAUUAUAAUUUUCUUUAUUUCCCGUAAAUGCUCUUCUUUCCACGGCUAAUGUCUCAGCUAUCUUCUGAGAUCCAGAUCUGCUGAUAAUGCAAAUAAGUUUCCAUGCUGUCAUGUAACUUUAUUUCGUACAAAGUGAAAUUGUGCAUUUAAUCCAAGAAAUGUGUACUUAUUGACUUGUCAUAAUGUAUAUUGAACAAUCCUGAAAACAAAAGACAAUUUUGUACUUUGCUUGUAGUGGACUUCCACAUAACACAUAAGACAAUUGUAUCAAGUUACACAUAGAACCCUAGCCAUGGCUUGCUGCAUUUCCUGGGUAUUGCCAUUGUUUUUUAACAAUAAAAAAAUCAUCUACUUCCCA